AUGUCUCUCCCCGACGGCGACACACAAGAGCGUUCGACGUUUACGGCAUCCUUGGCUACAUUCAAUGUAACGCCACCGGAACCUUUCACGUUCAAGACGCCGAAUGACUGGCCCACUUGGAGGAAACGCUUUCUACGUUUCCGUGCUGCCUCUGGCCUCAACGACAAGGCUGAGUUAAGCCAAGUAGAUGCACUGAUCUACAUUAUGGGUGAGCAAGCGGAGGACAUAUACGCCACGCUGAAGCUUAGUCCCGAAGACGCACGCAAGUUCGACAAGGUGCUAGAAGCGUUCGAUGCCUACUUCGUUCCGCGCCGCAACAUCAUCUUUGAACGUGCAAAGUUCAACACGAGAGUACAACAGGAUGGGGAAUCUGUGGAGGAAUUCGUGACUGUCCUGCAUUCAAUGGCAGACUUAUGCAACUAUGGAGCGUUGCGCGAAGAACUGAUUCGCGACAGACUGGUUGCAGGACUUCGAGACAAGAAAGUUUCGGAACAACUACAGCUCGACUCUGAACUCACUCUACAAAAGGCUAUCACAGCGGCUCGCCAGCGAGAAACUGUCCGGCUGCAGCAAGCUGAACUUCACAAAGGCAAUGACGCUACAGUACAUCGACUAACGACGCACAAAGUGUCACCGGGGUCCGAUUCAAGGAGACUGGCAACCAGGAAGAUUCACGCAGGCACAACUCGUCCUUCUUCAAAGUCAGCUUCCCAAAAGCUCUGCCGGUGGUGCGGCCGUGACAGGCACGCAAGACAGGACUGCCCAGCAAAAGACAAGAUAUGCUCCAAAUGCAAGAAGAAGGGGCACUUCUCAUCAGUUUGCCUUUCGGCUAAGCAGACCCAAUCUGCCCCCGACGGAACUACUGCAUUUCUAGGAGUUGUAGCUCAUGGAGGAACGUCGAAAUGGCAAGUCCCAGUCCUUGUUCAAGGAAUACCGUUAACGUUUAAAGUUGACACAGGGGCUGACGAAACGGUUAUACCAGAGAGCGUUUUCCUUAAGCACUUCACGGGAAUCCGACUCGAACCUCCCAAACGUCGCCUGCGGGGUCCAGACGGCAAAAUGCUGAAGGUCACCGGUAUGACCUCUCUCCAGACAGUUUUUCAAGGACAAGAAAGCCAACAAGACAUUUACGUCUUGAAGGAACUUCCUACAUGUUUGCUUGGUCAACCAGCCAUAGACAGCCUCAAAGUCCUUCCGACAAUACAAAUGCUCUCGAAGGCAUCCCCAUUCGAGGAAUAUGCUACGGUCUUUCAGGGACUGGGAGUUCUACAAGGAGAUUAUGACAUAAAGCUAGCUCCUGAUGCUAGGCCCUUUGCCCUUUCAUCUCCACGGAGAGUACCAUUGCCCCUAUACCAAAAAACCAAAGAGGAACUUCAACGUAUGGAGAAGCUAGGAGUCAUAACGCCAGUCAUGGAACCGACAGCCUGGUGUGCGCCAAUGGUAACCGUCCCAAAGAAGUCAGGAGGAAUUAGACUUUGCAUUGAUUUCACUCAGCUCAACCGCUACGUACUGCGUGAAUUUCAUCCUAUCCCUUCUGUCGAACAUUCACUCGCAAUGCUAAAAAAUGCAAAGGUCUUCAGUAAACUCGACGCAAACUCGGGUUUUUGGCAGAUACCGCUGAGCGAACAAAGCAAGCACUUGACGACGUUCAUAACUCCGUUUGGGCGAUAUUCCUUCAACAGACUUCCAUUCGGGAUAUCGUCCGCGCCAGAACACUUCCAAAAACGAGUGGCAACGCUGCUGAAGGACCUCCACGGAGUUUUGUGUCACAUGGAUGACAUACUCAUUUGGGGAGCAAAUCAAAUCGAACAUGACCAUCACUUGGAAGCUGUAAUGACACGCACCCAAGAAGCAGGGAUGUCGCUCAACAAGGACAAAUGCAUAUUCAGUGUUUCACAAGUGACCUUUCUAGGUCACAUCGUCGACGGCUCAGGCAUUCGGCCUGACGAAGAAAAGGUGAACGCCAUUCUCAAAAUGACUUCCCCUACGGACAAGACGGGCCUCAGGCGGCUACUUGGGAUGGCAACGUACCUUACACGCUUUGUACCCAAGGUAGCAGAACUUCUACAGCCACUAUCAUGUAUGUUAAGCUCCAAGCAGGAAUUUGUGUGGGGCGCACCACAACAAGAGGCGUUUCAGAAAUGGAAACAAAUCCUCUCUACAAGCCCUGUCCUCGGCAUCUACGACCCAGCCAAAGAGACGGUCGUCACCGCGGACGCAUCUUCCUUCGGCCUCGGAGCUGUCCUGCGACAAAAACAAGACGACGGGAAAUACCAAGUCAUCGCAUACGCCUCCAGAAUUCUCACUGAUGUCGAGCGUCGUUAUGCUCAAAUAGAAAAGGAGGGUUUGGCACUGCUUUGGGCGAGUGAGAAAUUCCGAGACUACCUGAUCGGGAAAAAGUUUCUUCUCGAGACCGACCACAAGCCCCUGGUGAGCCUGUUCUCGACAAAACAGCUUGAUGACUUGACGUCGAGGUUACAGCGCAUGCGGAUGCGUCUCAUGCGAUAUACCUACGAAAUAACGUACGUGCCAGGAAAAGACCUUCUAGCGGCAGACGCCCUGUCCCGUACACCUCUCCGGAAAACGGACGGCACAGACCUUACAGAGGAGAUCGAGUGUUUCGUCCACUAUGUUGAGACUCACCUUCCAGGGACAGCGAGAAGUCUACUUGACAUACAGCAAGAACAGGAGAAGGACGAGACGUGUCAGCAUAUCAUCAGGUUCACCAGACAAGGGUGGCCUACUCGACGAGAUCUCGGGCAAGACCUUAAACCCUUUUGGCUAGCACGGCACCAGCUGGCAGUAGCCGAUAGUCUGCUAAUGCAUGGAACGCAGAUUGUCAUUCCCAAGACCUGUCAACAACAGAUUCUCCAGCUUUUACACGAGGGCCACUUCGGCUUGGAAAAAUGCACCACACGAGCUAAACAUGCUGUUUGGUGGCCAAGUAUCAACGACGACAUCGCACAAACGGUGAAGAACUGUCACGAAUGCUUGCAACUAAAGACAAACCGGAAGCUACCCCUCAUUACAACGGACUUCCCAGACAGGCCCUGGCAGAAAAUAGCUAUGGACUUGUUCCAUUGCCAGGGAUCGUGGUGGCUCAUUGUAGUUGACUAUUACUCGCGGUACCCAGAGCUAGUCCGGCUACAUUCAUUGUCCAGCGAAGCCAUCGUGAAUCACUGCAAAUCCAUAUUUGCACGACAUGGAAUCCCCGAAGUUGUGAUAAGCGACAACGGUCCGCAGUUUUCGCAGAGCAGCAGCUCCCCUUUCGCCCGAUUUUCAACGGAGUAUGGCUUUCGACAUGUUACAUCCAGCCCAGGCUAUCCGCAAAGCAAUGGACUUGCCGAGGCGGCAGUGAAGAUCGUUAAAAUGUCUAUGAAGAAGACAAAAGAUCCGUACAAGUCGCUGCUAGCAUAUCGGGCUUCACCCUUGAAAAAUGGCUAUAGCCCAGCGGAACUUCUAAUGGGACGACGGUUGCGCACGAACGUACCUGUCGCGCAGUUACAGCUUGUACCGUACACCCCUGACUACAAGAAAGUGGCAGCCUUCGAAACUAAAAACAAGAGGGACGAAGAGAGGCACUACAAUAGGAGACACGGGGUGCGGGAGCUACCUCCACUUGGAGUCGGCACAGAUGUUUGGGUAAUAGAUCUGCAACGGAAAGGCGUUGUCCAGGGACAGACUCCGCAACCCAGGUCCUAUUCAGUCUCCACAGAGCAGGGAGAAGUCAGAAGGAACAGGACGCAUCUAGUUCAUCUCCCAGGCCAACCAGAGCCCAGUACAUCGACAGCGAGCGCUCCGCAAAGCAGCCACCUCGAAACGGACACUUCAACCGACGUACCGACAGACCAACAGUGCACCGACACGACCCACUGGCACACAAAAAGAGGGCGUUGCGUCAUCCCUCCAAAAAAGUAUCAAGCUUGA